AAAUUUCUACUGGGAAAAUAUGAGGAAUUAUGCAAAGUUUGAGUUCGGUUACAGUGUAGACGGACGGUGCUAUCGUUAUCUUUUCGAAUGGCGUUCGUGUUUUUUUAAAGUUUGUACAAUUUUUUGUUUUUUUUAAAGUUAACGAGUAGGAAAAUUUGGCCAAUUGUUUUUACUGUUUAUCUGUCGGUUGAAACUUGCCUUUCACGAUGCAUUCUACGCCGUUUUAGUUUUCCACUAACAAAUACGUGACGUUCGACUGUUCGUGCUCCCGACGGACCUCCCGGAGGCGAAUCCUGUUCGAACCACUGAUGUAUCCAAUCUCGUAAUUCACUACCUCCAGUUAUGGAUGGUUUUCAGGUAGCAUGGUGACUUCUUUAUUUUUCAUCUUUGGUCUAAAAAUAGGAAAUGAAACCAAAUGCAAGGGAAAAAGGUUACGUUGAUUAAUGGAAUGGUAUGUGGUGCGAUGAAAAUAGGCAUACUUUCGGCCUUAGACCACAGAUAUUCAAAUAUUUGCCGUGUCUAUUUUCAUUCGAUACCAGGAAAUGUGAAGAACGACGACUGCGAGAUUGUACGUCAAGUAUAUGAAAUUAGAAGACCAAGUUAUACAUUUCUAAAAGAAUAUAGGCUAUAUGAAAAUAGAAGAUGGCAACCAGGUAGUUUUCGAAGAAGGAAGCGGAGUGUUGGGUAGUUGGGAAGAUGAGGAAUCGAAACAGACCUAAUUACGGGAUUACGUUGCUUCUCUGGCACAUCUUCGGUACAGUGGGCGUGGACCGAAUACCACCGGUGACCAUGGCCGCCGUCGUCCUGCAAGUAAUCGUCUAUUUGCGUUUGAUACGGCUUCCGUGGUACGAAGUGUCCGACGUUUGUCUGAGUUUAGAUCGCGUCUGGUACGGAAGGGAAUGGCAGAGACUUAUUUUUGCGGCUAUAGAACACGCGGACGACAUCCAUUUAUACUACAACAUGGUAUCCUUCGUUUGGAAAGGACAACAAUUGGAACGACGAUGGGGAUCAUUGAAAUUUUUCUAUAUUUUGUGCGUGUUUACGGUACUAACCAACGUGGCUUUGUUAGCUUUAAGUCACGUCGCCAGCGAAUAUUUCGACCCGGUUUAUCGAUAUCAUUGCGCGGUGGGAUUUUCCGGAGUCAUCUUCGCUCUCAAAGUUCUCACCAACUAUUAUCGGCCGCAAACCACCGUCGUAAUUUACGGAUUGCCGUUGCCCGCCGCCUACGCCGUGUGGUUAGAACUGGUGCUCAUUCAAUUAGUAGUACCCGGCGCUUCUUUCCUGGGACACUUGGCGGGUAUCUUGGUGGGAGUGUGCUACGCCAAAGGACCUCUAAAACCGGCCAUGGACGCCGCGGAGAAUCUGGCUAGAAGAAUUUUUAGGCCGGCUCCGGACGACCGUUACCGGUUUCGGUACGCCGGAGACGAAGAUUCCGGUCUGUCCGCCGAGGAGAUUCGGAGACGACGACUCUUUCGAUUCAAUUACGCGCCCACCACUCGAAAUUAAAAAGUUUUAUAAAAUUAAUUUAUUCCCUUGGUAAAAGUUAAAAUAAUAUUUUUGUAUUUAUUUCCUACUUUUGUACAUUUUAUAUUGAAAAAUUAUACUCUUACUCGAACUUAUUAAAGAAUUUUGA